CCCUUAGAAAAUUUGUCUGAGUGGACAAGACAGAGAGGAGAACAUUGGUCCUUUGUGCUUCGUGAAGUUAUUCAGGUACCUGGAAAAUGGAGAAGACUUUGAGUAGAAUUCAUCCAAUUUCUGAUCCAGAAGCAACAUAUUUUCUACAAAUAUCAUGGGAAAAGGAUUUAGGCACUGGCUUUGUUGUAAUACUCAGUGAUGCUCAGUGUGCAUGGACUGGGACAGUAUCUGAAGCUGAAAUUUCUAGGGAAGCUGCUGACGUGGAAAUGGAUAGAGAAAAGUACGUUGAGGAACUGAAGAAAGCACUGAUACUUGGAGAGCAAUCAGCUGGCAAAUAUAACUUCGCUAUUUCUAGAGGUGAAGAAAAUACAGUGUGUCAUUUCUCCUAUGAAAAAAAUCUGAAAGAUGUUUCUUUUAGACUUGGAUCUCUGAAGCUGCAGAGAGUUUCGAGGCCGGUUGAAGUGAUUAAAGAGCUGAUUGGCCAUUGCCUGGACUGCUUAGGAAGACUUCAGGCCGAAAAUGAGCACCUGCAAAAAGAAAAUGAAAGGCUCUUCAAUGAUUGGAAUGACGUGGAGAAACGACUGGAAAAAUGUGUGGAAGCUAAAGAAGAACUAGAAGCAGAUCUUUAUAACCGGUUUAUUCUAGUACUGAAUGAAAAGAAGGCAAAGAUAAGGAAUUUACAGAAGCUGUUGAAUGAAGCUAAAGGAUCUGUAGCAGAUCAACCAUGUACAAGAGAUAGCAUUGCUACAGAUCAGACGGCUACAGGGAGAGAAGAGGAGUAUGAAGGCAGCACUGAUGAGGAAAGUGAAAAUUUAACACAGUCCUCAUUACCAGCAGCAGCUGAACAAAGGGACUCCAUGCUGAGUAGCCCAGACAUCAUUGAUGCCGCUCCGACGCGAAAGCGAAGGCAAAGGAUAGCAAAGCCUGCGGGAACAGGAGCUAAAGUGGCAGCUUAUGAGACAGAACUACCAGUGAAGGAAAAACCUGAUCUUGCCUCACAGAAGACAUCAGGCAAGCAUUCUCCGGAUGUGAUGUCUCUUGAAACACUGGAAAACACUUGUGAGCCAGAGGACCUCUUUGAUGACAUCUAACUAUGUGUCGGCUGAAAAACUGAGAGAAUAGAGCUUCUAUUAGACGCAAGCUAUAAAACUUAGAAGGCUUAGUUGUAGACACUGAGCUGAAAUCUUUACUGUAAGGUUGUAUUUGACAUAUGUGCAUUCUUCACAGUUGCAGACCCUUGAGCUGCUGAGGCUUGAUUUGUGGCAGCCUUCAGAUCAGUUCAGCUGGUCAGCCUCUGUGUAGAUCUUUCAUCACAAUAUAUAUUGGGAAAGAGAGCAUCACCACGGCAUUUUUACAUCCUAACAACCUUUGCCUGCUGAUCAUAUUCAGGAUCAACUUGUUUUCCAGAUGUCACUAGAGAAUGUCAGACAUGAAGAAGUCUUAAAAGUUACCACUGUACUGACCUUGUAUAUUACCCCUUUGUUGAGAAGCUCAGCUUAGAUGCCAUCUAGCUAAAUCAUCUUCAAUUUUGAUUGGGAUGCCUUCAAAAACUGAGUUUGAAAUGUUAUCAUCCAGAAUGGAGCAUCCAAGGAAAUGUCAUUUUUCUUGUUACUUGAAGAUUCUUUGAGGUGUAUUCUUGCUUAUGGGAGUAAAACGCUUAUAAAGUCAAUACUGAAUCUAUUUUACCCUUCUGUAGAAACCCAUAACCCUUAAAAUGGUUAUUUUUGAUACUUCAUUGAU